CAGCAGCAGCAGGCCAGAGCGCGAGGAAGAGAAGAAGGCGGACUUGACUGGGAUCCCCCGCCCAGAGCCCACAUGGCAACGGCGCCUUGAGCCCGGCCCUCCCACCAGAACACCGGCGACCGCCGCCGGCAGGCAACAUCCCGAGAUGACGCCGCCGCUGGGAGCGUUUCUGCUGCUCCUCCUGGUGGUUUGCGGGCAACUGGGAACAUCAAGCUCAACAAGUAUUGCAGCAUAUUUAUUGGGAUUCUGGAUCAGAACGCAUCACCAUCGUUUUCCUGCCCUAGCCCCAGCCCCUUCUCCUCAACCUCAACGGCCCAUUAUUAGUCACCCAGUGCAUAGGCAUCACAGAAAAAGGCAUGCUUCCCCACCACCUUCAUCGCUGUCAUCAGAAAGACAAGAUUGCAGUGGAAUAACUUGUUCUGCUCCCCUUACUUCGACUCCAAUUGGUUCCCCCUGUGGUUGUGUAUAUCCUAUGCAAAUUCAGCUUGACCUUGGAGUGGCACCAUAUCAGUUAUUUCCAAGAAUUGAUGAGUUAGAAAUCGAGGUUGCAGCAGGAACAUUCCUGAAACAGAGUCAAAUUCGGAUAAUGGGUGCUGGGAGUAGUCUUCAAGAUCCUGAAAAGACAACGGUAACCAUUGAUUUGGUGCCACUUGGUCAGAAGUUUGAUAGGACUUCAGCCUUACUGAUUAGCAACAGAUUUUUGAAAAAGAAGGUGCCAAUAAACUCAUCCAUUUUUGGUGACUAUGAUGUUACAUUUGUUUAUUAUCCAGGUCUUCCUUCUUUGGUACCUAUUCCAGGAUCAUUGGGUCCAGUAAGCAGUAAUGAGUACCCUUUUGGUGCAAAUAUACACAAUAGAGGCCAUCACAAGAUUAACUCUAAAAUGGUUGCCAUAAUAGCAUUGUCAGCUGUGGUUCUUGUUUUGAUGUGCUUUGCCAUUGGCAUCAUUUGGAGAUAUAAAGGAUUUGAAAAUUCUCAUGCUACUGGUCAUAUUUCAAAUUCGUCGAUCACCAGAAAAGGAGUUAUGAGGUCAUCGUUCUCCAGUAUGAGCAGCUCCACAUCAUCAUUUGUUUCAACAAUAGGAACAUGCCCAUCCACGGUUAAGACAUUUUCAACAUCAGAGCUUGAGAAGGCCACAGAAAACUUCAGCUUCAGCAAGAUAAUAGGUGAAGGGGGUUAUGGACGUGUUUAUCGUGGUAUAAUUGAAGAUGGUGUUGAGGUUGCUAUCAAAUUACUCAGAAGGAAACAUCAGAACAAAGACCGGGAAUUCAUUGCAGAGGUUGAGAUGCUAAGUCGUUUGCAUCACCGCAAUCUUGUCAAGCUGAUUGGUAUAUGCAUUGAACGGAGCACGAGAUGCUUGGUGUUUGAGCUUGUUCCAAACGGAAGCGUUGAAUCUCAUCUACAUGGCUCGGAUAAAAUAUAUGGCCCGCUUGAUUUUGGCAGUAGAAUGAAAAUAGCCCUCGGCGCAGCAAGGGGACUAGCCUAUCUGCAUGAGGACGCCAAUCCCCAUGUCAUUCACCGGGAUUUCAAGGCUAGCAAUGUUCUAUUGGAAAACGAUUUCACCUCCAAGGUUGCUGAUUUUGGGUUGGCAAAGGAAGCGUCAGAUGGCAUAGAUCAUAUUUCUACUCAGGUCAUGGGAACUUUCGGGUACGUUGCCCCAGAGUAUGCAAUGACGGGGCAUCUGCUUGUCAAGAGCGACGUGUACAGCUACGGGGUGGUACUCCUCGAGCUGCUGUCAGGCCGGAAGCCCGUGGACAUGACCCAGCCGCCGGGGUCCGAGAACCUCGUCACCUGGGCGCGCCCGCUCCUCACCAGCCGGGAAGGCCUGCAGCGGCUGGUGGACCCGUCGAUGCCCGCGGGGUACGACUUCGAGAAGCUGGCCAAGGUGGCCGCCAUCGCGUCCAUGUGCGUGCACGUCGAGGCGUCCCACCGGCCGUUCAUGGGCGAGGUCGUGCAGGCGCUGAAGUUGAUCCACAGCGGCAGCGGCGACGAGAUCGGCAGUGGCUCCUUUGGCGGCGGCGCGACGGAGGAGUCGCCGUGGAACGACGACGACGACGCUGCCACGCCACGCCGGGCCUUCCCCCGGGACUACGGUUCGGACCUGGCGGCCGCCGACGAGGCGGCGGCACCGCGGAGGCCUCAGUCGGCGUCAAGCGCGGUGCUGGACAAGAUCGAGUCCCUGGCGAUGUACGACUGGUCCGGCCCGCAGCGCGCCAAGGGUAGGCUCAGCUUCUACAGGCUGAGGGGGAGCAUGAGCGAGCACGGCCGUCCCUCGGACGACGGCAACGUGGAAGGCUACAUCUCGUAGCCGGCUAGCCGGCGAUGAUAAGCAGAUUGUCUCGAUCCUGAACUGUAUAGCUGCUGCGUGAUGAGAUUUUGGUGGCUGCUGCGAAGUGCACAUCGUUCUGAUCCUCUAAUGUAAUCGAUGCAUUUUGGCCCGGGGCGAAUUUUUUCCAAAUUUAACGUAGACGACCGAAAAAAAUUCGAGGUUGUCACUUGUCAGAAUCGCGAUUAUAUUAUCCUGACGCUGAACACAGUCACUAUUGAG